GUCAUUCGGUGCCGUCAUUACCGUCAUUAAUCGCAGAUUUUGUGAGGAGGAGCAAAAUCCACAUAGAAGACUUUAAAAACUAAUAUUUUAAGGAAUUUGUGUUUAAUAAAUAUAAGUUAUUGAAAUGAAAACUCUUGAGGAGAUUAAAAAGCACUACCCGCUGCACUGGCUCAUCUGGAUGGAUGAGCAUGAAGCCCUUUCUGAGGCACUAAAAGAGGAGAAGUACGACUUGGAAAAGUUAGAUCCGCGUGGGAGGACUCCACUUAUGCUAGCUGUUCGACUGUGUCACCUAAAAUGCAUAAAAAUCCUUGUAACAAGAGUCGAUACAAAUAUUGAGUGCGAUGGAUGGUCUCUUGUUCAGGAGGCUACCUGUACUGGAGAUCCUGCAAUUCUUACAGCCAUCCUCGAAGUGAGAGACUUACAGCGUCACAUCCAGCGUCAAACGCAUGUGCCUCUACUGCUGCAGCGUCUGCAUGAUGCACCUGAUUUCUAUGUGGAAAUGAAAUGGGAAUUCACCACCUGGGUGCCUUUGAUGUCACGACUGUGUCCUAGCGAUACAUAUCGGAUAUACAAGCGUGGUUCAAAUGUACGCAUCGACACGACCCUUUUGGGCUUCGAUCAUGCCUCAUGGCAGCGCGGAAGACGCAGCUACAUCUUCAAGGGGCAACCGGAAAUGGCAACGAUGAUUGAACUGAAUCACGAUACCCGAGAAGCAGCCAUGGAGUACAUUCGUGGUGUUGAUGAGACCAUUGAGAGUAUCACACCGUCGGAAGAGAGUAUAGUUGCACGACUGCAAACUCCCGUGACGUCCAACAAUGUGGACAUGGAAAAGAUUAGCUUUGAGCGCAACAAGACGGGUAUUUGGGGGUGGCGAAGUGAGAAGAAUGAAGCAGUUAAUGGGUAUGAAUGCAAAGUCUAUUCAGCUACGAAUGUGGAAUUUAUCACGAGAACCCGCACUGAGCAUCUUGCGGAGCAGCACCAAGCAAAGUCCACUAAACGAAAUUUACCACUACAGAGCCUCUUUGGUGUUGUCUCCGACGAUGUUCUCCUAAAUGAUCCACCAGGGGAAGUAAUUGAUGAUGGUCCAGCUGCUGCGGCAGCAGCACCAAACUUUACGCCACCUUUCAUCUCACCUGAGGAAUAUUUUUCCGAAGAUGUAGAUCUGGGGGGACGUGAUGUGGGACGUCCAAAGAGAAUCACGACCAAGGUGCAGAAAUUCAAGGCAAACUUGUGGUUAAGUGAGGACUUUCCGAUAAAGUUGCAAGAACAAGUUAUUCCCAUUCUUGAUCUCAUGUCAACCAUUAUGAGUCCGCAUGUUACGAAACUCAAGGAUUUUAUCACAAUGCAGCUUCCAUCGGGAUUUCCAAUUAAAGUUGAAAUUCCUCUUUUUCACGUUAUGAAUGCUUGUGUUACGUUUGGGAAUGUCUUUGGAAUGGAGACACCUGUGCCAAAUGUUAGCCAAAUUGACGAAGAGAAUCGCAUUACGUGCUUAGUUGAUGAUCAAUGCUUCCAAAUACCACCAGAUUAUGAUAAGAAUGAUCUUUCAGGUGGGGAAUACAUGAGGAAUGUAACGAGGAUGCAAGAUGAGGAUGACUUGCUUCAAUUUGCCAUUCAGCAGAGUCUUAUUGAGUCUGGGAGUGAGAAUGAUCAAGUAGACAUUUGGGAAGCUCUCAGGGCGCAAAGGCCACUUACUCCUGGAGCACUGAGUGAUGAGGAUAGUCAGCUUCAGAGGGCACUGCAUGAAUCCCUAAAUGUGGGAAAAUCAUCAAACACCCCAGACGGAGACUCCACAUCAUCCUCAACGUCCAUAGACCCAGAUUUAGCAAUGGCAAUUAGGCUAAGUCAAGAAGAGCAAGAUGAGAUACAGCGACAGCAAGCCCAUGAACUUGAAAUGCUUGAGAAAGCCAUUAAAUUGAGUAUGGAGGAGAAAUGAGGAAGAAAAAUAAAUAAAUUUUAUUUAAUGCAAAAAAAUCAGGGAUGUAAAAAUUUCCAUAAAAAAAUGUUCCAAAAAAUUUAUUUCCUACAAAAAAACUUCUUUUCAAAAUUUUAAAAAUUAUUUACAAAAGGAUUUGCAUAAAAUAUAAUAAAAUACAAUGGCUGUGCUCAGUUACUUCUUCAAGUUUAUAUUUUUUUGGCAAAAGAAAUAUAAAAUAAAAGUCCAAAGUAUCUGAGCAGUGAAAGUAAAAAAAUUCUAAAUUUUUUACUUGAAAAUUCUUUGAAAAACAAAUAUGUACUAUACUAAGGAAAUAUUCUCUGCGCUCCUUUUUUCCAAAAAAAAAAUAGGUAGGGCGAAAAUCAAUAUACAUAAUAUACAAAUUAAAGGAUAAAUAAAAUAAUUUGUAAGAGAAUAAA